AUGGAGACAGACAUACUGAUUCAACUAAUUAUCCUCCUUUUCACACUCGGAAUUUUCUAUGCCAUGUACAAUUUCCCCAAACAAGCUCUAACCCCACUCCGAUCAAAAAACCGAUCCACUAACCAAGCCCAUAUCCACUUCAUCAAAGGAGCCCAACUCCUCUCCCGAGCAAAAUCCAAUCGGAAUAAAUCAACUUCCUUCAAUCUCGCAAAAUCCGCCGCCGGCGAAGCUGACAAAGCUUUAGCUCUCGAACCCAAAGAUCCAGCGGCCCAUAUUCUCAAAGCCUUAUCUCUAGAUCUCAUGGGCCGUAAAAUUGCUGCUUUGAAGUAUUUGGAUUUGGCCUUAUCGCCGCCGGCGGUGAAGGCGUUGUCCGACGGAGAGAGAGGCGAUGCUUUAUUGAAACGGGCCGAGUUGCAAGUGGCGUUGAAUCGGAAGAGACGAGUUGACUCGGCUAUGUUGGACCUUUUAGAGACUGAAAUUGGGCUGCUCGGAUCAAGCUAA